CCUUUCAGUAUCUGUGUUCUUUUUAAUAUGGAAAAGUAUGAGUUACAGUUGUGGCAUCAUGAGGAGUUACCAACUCUUGAUUUCAAGUGUUCGAAUUGUUAGAUCGUUUUGGAAAAUGAGGCGGUAGUGUCUUAAAUUGGAUUAAUGCAUUGGUUGUGUUUAAUUUGGUAGCUUAUUUAAGCUAAUAACAACAUUUCAUUUCUUUGAACCGAAUCUGUGUCUUCUCGUGCUCAAAUACGACAAAAUGAGGACGUUCACUCCACGGCGACGCGCACCCUCGGCGUCGAAGUCAGCAUCUUGCCCGGAGAUGAUGGAGAGACCAAACGGCAGUAAGCCUUUCCUCAAACGGGAAGGCUGCGAGGCGAGACAGCAGUUUGGGCAGCUGAUCUGCGGGCCCCCGAGUGACUGGGCGGGCCCGGCACCCCCCAGGGGCAGCGAAGUCUUCAUCGGCAACCUACCCCGAGAUCUAUACGAGGACGAGCUCAUUCCCAUCAUGGAGUCGACGGGGGUCGUCUAUCUGGUACGGAUCAUGAUGGACUUCACGGGCACGACGCGAGGCUACGCCUUCGUCACCUACGCCGACCCGGAGGCUGCCCACCGAGCCACGACCUCGCUCAACAGACUGGAGAUCCGUCCGGGGCGCUUUAUCGGGGUCCACCACAGCUUCGACAACAGGAGGCUGUUCCUGGGCAACAUCCCGAAGACGGCCACGCGAGAGGAACUGAUGCGACAGGUGACUCAGCACACGGAGGGCGUCCUGGAUGUGACGAUCCACGGAAACCACACAGACCCGAAGAAGAACCGGGGCUACGCCUUCGUCAGAUACGAGAGCCAUCGAGCGGCAGCAAUGGCAAGGAGGAAGCUGAUCGAAAUCGACGGACAGCUAAGCAAGACUUACUCUCGGGUCACCGUCGACUGGGCCGAGCCGGAGGUCGAGGACGUGAAGGCCGCGCUGCACAACGUACGGGUAUUGUACAUGAGGAACCUGGCCCUGUGCACGACUGAAGAUGACCUAAGGAAGCUGUGCAGCAACAUCGUGAAUGGCGUGGAGCGGGUCAAGAAGCAGAAAGACUAUGCCUUCGUUCACUUCGCCACCAGGGAGCAGGCGGAGGCGGUCAAGGGUGCUCUCAAUGGUCAUAUACUCCAUGGCUGUGAACUUGAGAUAACAUGGGCCAAGCCAGUCAAGAACAGAGAGGAGUACCAGCAGAGAAAAGCCAUUGCAAGGUCCAUGGUUAGUGCAGGGCAAGCUCGCACAGGCUAUCUCCCACACAUAACUCCAACUGGGGAACCGAUGAUCAUGCUGCCCCAAGUGCGAAGGGCAGCGGGAGCCCAGGGCCUCCAGCAUCAGCCGCGAUCAGGGUCUUCACGCUUGAGGAAUGUGGAUACACCACUCGUGGGUAUACAGUCACCAGCAAUGUUUAUACCUCAAGUGAAAAACCAGAGUGAGGUAAUUAUCCCUGGGUACCCAACUGUCCCUGCUCAUUUCCAAUCAGAAAGGAUGGCAAGUUCUCCAGAUGAAGUGCAGAACUUGGCUACUGAUGCAGUUUUAAAACAAUUAGGGAUGCUGCAAACCCCGGUGCGUAACCAAACUGCUAAUGCAAGAAUGUUGCAGAAUGGUCAGGCUUACAGAGGUCCUCCACUCACACCACAAUACUACAUGACCUCUCCAGUGAACAUGGCUCCUAUUAUUACACCUUCCAUACCUACACCAACCGCACAAAGCAUGGCAGUUACUCCUGGCACAUACUUGGUGCCGUCUCCUACUCUUGCUGGAUACGAGAGCCUGAAUCCAUAUACUCUGCAAAGUGCUUAUUACCAGCAUGCUUUGAUGGGUCAGCAGGCGGGCAUUGCAACUCUAGAAAGGCCUCGAUAUAGCGCAACAGAAUAGAUUUUGGUGGAAUGUCAGGAGGUAUUAUGUAAAAGAGAUGUGACUUGCAAUAGAAUAUUUAUUACAUGCUUUUUUAUUAUUAAAAAAUGUUGUUUACAAACCUAGUAUCAGCUGUUGACAUAAAACAUGUUCAUAUGAAUGGAUAAUAAACAAUAGCUAUAUACUCAGGGAAAAAAUAUCUGUUGUGUACAACUUAAAGCCUGGAAAAAAAUUGAAAAUAAAAAGUUCAUCUUCAAGAAUAUUACUGAAUGAUAUUUUCCAAAGAAAAAAUUAUUGUUAUGGUCUAUAGGUAAAAUAAGCGAGGUAUAUUUUGUUAGUAUCUGGAAUAGAAUAUAUUUAACUUUUUUUCUUCUUUUUUUUCUUUGCACAAGUAACUUUCAUAAAAUAUGGAACUGAAUAUUAGUUUGGAGAGCAUUGCUAUAUAAUGCCAUAAUUAUUUUGAAAUGGGAGUCAGCUAAAGUUUUUUUUUUUUUUUUUAUCUAAAACAGAUAGAUUGUUUUUUUUGUUUUAUAACCAGAUUUUAUUAUUUGAAUAAUUCUCAUAUAUAAUUAAAAGCUUUCAGACUUUAUGAAAAAGUUUAACAGUAUCAGAAUGGAUUUUUUUUUUGGUUUAAACUCCCAUGAUAUUCAAGAGUAUAGUAGUUCUAUUAAUAAAAGUUGAAAUGAAUAGGUUAGGAAUGAUAUAUUUAGGAAACUUUCUUCUUUGUGGCUAUCUUACCUUGUAGCCAGUGAACUACUCUAAUAAUGGCCAUUUUCUAAGCAAAAAGAAAAGAAAGAAAGAUAAAAAAACUUAUGCAAAAUUUUUGUCCCAAAUCCCUAAAAAGGCUGUGGAACAAAAGUCUUUAUUAAUACCAAAGCUUUAGUGUGUAUAGAGUAGUGUUAUUUUUGUAUGACUGUGAUUAUAGAGAAAAUAAUCACAAUACUAUAUGUGAGUAGGUAAGCUAGAUGCCAUAUCAGUAAACACCAGUAUUGUUAAAAGGAUCUGACUAACGUAAGCCACCACUUGAUCCUGUAAAGGGGAUGAUUGUAGAUUUUGAAAUUUGAUUUGGCAUUGGGAACAAUCUAAUUAUUUGAAUGUGGUCAGCCAAAUUUAAGGCCUGUUUCUUUGAGUGUGCUUAAGUUGAUGUGUUGGCCAAUGGAAGUGUGUCUAUUAAUGCUGGUGAGCAAUGGUGGUGCCUAAAUGUUGGGUGUCAUUUUUUUAUGCAGAAUACAUUGUAUUUACCGCACGUCACCUUGGUUUAAGUGUUAUUGUGUUGCUUGGCCGAGAUGCAUGGUUGACCGCAGAGCUUUAGCACUCCUGAAAGCAAACAAGCUUUAAAUUGUAUAUGAAGGGAUUAAGACUGAUUUAUUAUGGUAUGAAUUAAUAAUAUUUUGAGUUCUUUUGAAACUAAUUCUGUGAAGAGAUGAGGUCAUUUUUGUUGAUAAAGCACUAUCAGACUUAUUUAUGUAGUAUCUGUUUGUAUAUUUAUUUAUUUAUAGAUUGGUUAUAUGAACACAAGUAGAAAUGGCCCAGGAUGUUUUUUCUUUGAUUGAACUUAUCCGAUAUUAGUUGAGCUUCUCUAAAUUUCUGUCUUAUUUUGAUUUUGUUUCGUUUAUGUACUUAUUACUUUUAAUGUUUAAUUUAGUGAUUACUCUUAUGAUUUGAAAUCCACAAAACAGAAAUCAAAAUGUUUCUGUGAUUUCUUUUUAAGUUUCUUUAGAGAUGAUUAUCUUUAAUUCCUUGCCAGUGAUCCAAAAAGAUUUUCAAAAAUCUUUUGAAGGGCUUGAUUGGAGUAAUCUGGCAAAGGACCAUGAAAGGGAAAGUACAAUAAUGAUUUUAAAAUCCUUUCAAACUGAAGGAUUUUCUUGUAAUUUUAUGACUAGAUUUUAGGCAAAAUGUCUGAAAAUUAAAUUUUAUUCAGUUUAAAGUCCUAGUAACAUGGUCCUAAAUAUAUAGGAAUACUUCUCCUUUUAUAUCAGUUUGUAAUUUAAAUUUUAUCUUAAUAUUAAGCUUCCCUUUAGCAGUGAUUAUAUUAAUGUUCCACUGUAAAUAUGAAGGCAUUACAUGUUGCCACAAUGAUAUUACAGAUAUUAAAACAUCAAAUGAAAUCAGACCAACAGGAAUUCCAACUUUCUCUGCUCUUUUCAUCACUAUAAUAGCGAUGUUCCCAAUGGAUGAAACUGAAUUCCCAUAUUUAAUUAUUUAACAUCUUUGUGUCCUCUUUCUUCAGGUACCAUUAUGAUGAUAUCAAGUCUAACAAAAUAUGUAUGAUAUUAAUCUCCAUUUUCAUUUAGCCAUGUGAUGGUCACUUAAUACAUAUUUUCAUGUUAUUUUUCUUGUAACAUUUAUUUUUGAGAAUUACUGCAUGAUACUCGUGGCAUUGGGUGGAGGAAAUGGUUGAUUAAAAUGAAUAAUCUAAUAUAAUGAAUAUAAAACAAUACUUGGAUAGAGGAGAUUUUUGAGUGUAACAAACUAGUCACUGCAAGGAAAAUAAAAAAAGGAAAGUUC